UUUUCAGCUAAAAAAACCUGGAAAUGAUAAAAAUACUGAGAAAAUGGUCAAAGUAAAUCAUUUGGUGUCGGCAACAACACAUUAUGUUUGUUUUAAAAGUUAAAAUAAAUAAUUAAAUAAUUAAGAAAAAAUAGUUCUGUAUAUAUAAAAUAAAAAAAAAGAACGCAGUGCGAAGGUUGAUGGCAAUGGUUGGGUUCUGCCUUCCUGUAUUUCUCUUCAAAUCAUGUAUGUAAUAGAAAAAAAACCCUCCUUUAUUUUUCUCUGUCAAGAAGACAUUUUUAUUAGAAAAAAAGAAGAAAAAAAGGAAAUAAGAAUUUUGUUGAAGCAAAAUUUGUUUAUCCUUCUCUGUCUAAAUCUCUUGCUCUUUCUUUGUCAACCUAACAAGAGAAAGGAAAGAAAACCCAUUUCUUUGAUGCUGUUGAAAUUCUGGAAUUCUUAAGAAACCUUAACUACUUGUUCUUGUGACGUCACAGCUGUUUUGCUUUUCUUAUUCUUUGUUUUUCUUUCUCUUUGGGAGGUGGUGGAGGUGCAGCUGUGUCUUGCGGUUGUUCUUUUGAGCUGUGAUUCUUUGCUAGAUUUGAGAGAAUUUUUCUUAGUCUUGAAGGAGUAAAGCUCGGAAGAGAAAAUGGAGAUUUGGAGAUGGGCAUUUAUUGGAAUUCUCUUUCUUGCCGCUUUUGUUGUCAAGAUUGAGGCUUUUAAGCUGGGUCGUAGUCAACCUACUGAGAGAAUUUCAGGCAGUGCCGGUGAUGUCUUGGAAGAUGAUCCAGUUGGAAGGUUGAAAGUUUUUGUUUAUGAGCUUCCUAGCAAAUACAACAAGAAGAUUUUGCAGAAGGACCCAAGAUGCCUCAACCACAUGUUUGCUGCUGAGAUUUACAUGCAUAGGUUUCUUCUAUCUAGCCCUGUUCGAACCCUCAACCCUGAGGAGGCUGAUUGGUUUUACACACCCAUAUACACUACAUGUGACCUAACACCAAAUGGCCUCCCUUUGCCAUUUAAGUCACCACGAAUGAUGAGAAGUGCAAUACAGCUUAUUUCUUCAAAUUGGCCUUAUUGGAACCGGACAGAAGGGGCUGAUCACUUCUUUCUAGUGCCACAUGACUUUGGAGCAUGCUUCCAUUAUCAAGAGGAGAAAGCCAUUGAAAGAGGAAUUCUCCCCUUGCUCCAACGUGCCACAUUGGUUCAGACUUUUGGACAGCGGAAUCACGUUUGCCUGAAAGAGGGCUCAAUCACAAUUCCACCUUAUGCUCCACCCCAGAAAAUGCAAACACACCUGAUUCCUGCAAAAACUCCUAGAUCCAUUUUUGUUUACUUCCGUGGUCUGUUUUAUGAUGUUGGAAAUGAUCCUGAAGGUGGUUAUUAUGCGAGAGGAGCUAGAGCAGCAGUAUGGGAGAACUUUAAGGACAAUCCACUCUUUGACAUUUCAACUGAGCACCCAACCACCUACUAUGAGGACAUGCAACGAGCAGUGUUUUGUUUGUGUCCUCUUGGCUGGGCACCUUGGAGCCCUAGAUUGGUUGAAGCUGUGAUAUUUGGAUGCAUUCCUGUUAUUAUAGCAGAUGACAUUGUUCUACCCUUUGCUGAUGCAAUUCCAUGGGAAGAAAUUGGAGUUUUUGUCAAUGAGAAGGAUGUUCCCAACUUGGACACGAUACUCACAUCAAUCCCCCCUGAAGUAAUAUUAAGAAAGCAGAGAUUGCUUGCCAACCCUUCAAUGAAGCAGGCAAUGUUAUUCCCCCAACCUGCCCAACCAGGAGAUGCUUUCCAUCAAGUUUUGAAUGGACUUGCACGUAAGUUGCCCCAUGACAAGAGUGCCUACUUGAAGCAUGGUGAAAGGGUCUUGAAUUGGACUGCUGGCCCCAUUGGAGACUUGAAACCUUGGUAGAAGCUGUAACAUUAAGUUCCUAAAACCUUCCAGCAUUUUCUGCCCAGCAGACGUACCUCUGAACAUUCUGAGGGUUUAUCUGUGUAAUUGAGCCACAGAUACAAAAUGUAAAUCUUAAUUCUGGCAAAAAUGCAUUAGAUAUUCAGUCUCUUUUUACAGCUUUAGCGAUGUGAGUUGUGACUGUUCCUUGUAUGUUUUCUCAGAACUCAGGACUGCCCAAUCUUUAAUUCAUUCCGUUAACUGCAUCAUUAUAGGAUAAUAAUCAUCUAUGUGUGGG